UCACACUAACCCCCCUGAACAAACGUCAGUUCGACAAAGUCUCUCAAUCAAAGAUAACUUGCUUCUAUAAAUUCCCUCUUCUGUGCUUGAAGAAAUCUCGAGAUAUUCAGUCACACGUACUAUACAUAUACAUACAUUUGUAGGUAUGGUGCAGCCUAGGGAAGUAAAUAGCCUUAGAUCGAUUCAUACAGAGUGAAUUAUACAUUACCUAUUUUCCAUUUUCCAUUUUCGUAUAAGUCGGCGAAUUCCACCGAAUCGGAUCCAUCGACACCAUGACAGUCCGAGUCUCCCUCCUUACCGAAGCAGAUAUUCCAGGUGCUGUAUCCGUGAUUCAACAAGCUUUCGCGGAUGAUCCGUACAGAAAUUGGGUCUUCGACAAAUCCACGUUCAACGCGCAGCGCAACGCGGCCUCUCUUGGCAUUCGGUGCCGAUGGGGGAUGCGCAACGGCAUUUUCCACGUUGCGAAGGAAGAAGGAAGUGAUGAGGUCCUCGGCGUUGCUUGCUGGCUUAGGCCGCAGACCGCAGGACAGCCGUCUUCGUGGCAUGACUGGGUCGAGGGCUGGAAGCUAUGGCUUAACCAGGUCGGGAUGAAUCUCGUCUACGGCCGAGGGGGCCUCAACGUCAAGCGCUAUUACAUAUGGAAAGAGACCCAAGAAAAAGCCCAAUCGGCCGUUUGGACCGACCCUCGGGGAUACUAUUUCCUCAACAUCAUGGUCGUGUCGCCCAAGGCCCAGGGCAAGGGAAUUGGGCGCAUCAUGAUGGAGACCGUGACCGACCAGGCUGACAUCGAGGGCAUGAAGUGCUACCUCGAGUCCAGCCGGGACGUGCCCAACAUGCAGAUCUACGGCCGCUUCGGCUUCAAGUUCGCGAAGGAGCUAGAGUGCAAUGACGACGGCACCGCCAUCAAGCUUUAUGCCAUGGUCAGGGAACCCGCCGCAAAGCCACUGGCGAACUAACCACACGCGUCUUGCACCCUUGGGCUAUACAGUCGCUCCUAUGGCUUGACUGCGGCCUUUGAGAGCUGCGCACGAGGUCCUUAUAUCGAAUUGAUGCCAUUCGUUGUAUAUGGGAGGCAUGUGGGAUAUCAAGAUGCCAUCUGGUUUGAUCGCCCUAAUUGGUCGAUCAUAACGGCCCUGAUAUUUGAAAAAGAAAUCUUGGAAAUCUUGGUCUUGGGUAUAUGGACGUCAUUGACUCCAGUUGGACAUUCCAAAUUCAAGAGAGGUACAUACUUGAUCAUCUAACUUGUGCUUUAUCACUUUCACAUGAAUGCCAUGUGCAUUCGACCCUUCUUGAGGUUUAAGGAGUCGGCUAUGCUCUUCUAUACAACUACAGCCGAGGUUUAUCUAAAGCAUGUGUUCGAUGAACCAGCAUGCAACCAUCCGGGGAGUCGGGUUACGUGUGCGAUCUAUCGGAGGCCUGCACUCUAUAGCUCUUGGGGUAACAACCAGGAACUCGUAUAAAAUAUCUAAAUAUCUAUCUACCUUUCACCAU